GUGACAGGUUAAUUGGUCUUGUAUGCAAAUGAAUACAGGUGUGCAGCGCCACCAAGGUAAACGACAUCCGCCAAAAUGGCGAAGUUAAAAACAACAUUCCUAGCAGUUUUGCUAGGCGUUCUCCUGUAUAUUAGGAAAGGCUAUGCAAUUCAAUGUUACCAGUGUGACAGUAAUGAGAACCCAGAUCUGUGUCCCCAGGAAACCCCGUUUGACAAAUCCAUCAAUGCUAUGGUUGACUGUAACAGUUUCGAAGCCAAUACACCUGGACAGUUCUGUGUGAAGAUCUAUCAGGAAAGCCCUGGGUUUGGCGCCUGGAUAAAGAUAACUCGUCGAUGUGCGUCAAGAACAGAUCAGGGCGUGGCCUGGGGCUGCAGGUGGUCCUGGGAUAAUGUGGGCGUGUUUAAGAACACUUGUUACUGUGAAAGUGACGGCUGUAAUGGAUCGUCAGGAACGUCUGUCAAUAUUGUUCUUGCAUCAGUUCUUGCUGCUCUGGGUGUGAUCAUGAAGCAGUUCUUGUGAUAAAAUAUGACUGUGAAAGCGAAACUUGUAUGUUUGAAGUAUAUUCCUUGCCUUGCUAUUCAGACUGCAUUCCAGAGAAAAAUCUCAACGAAGGUUGUAAUAUUAAUAUCAGUAAUAUUUUCGAUAUUAUAUUUUUACUGUUUGACUGUACAAGUAAAUGGGAAGCAUUUGAUUGUAAAACGAUGUAUUUACAUCACCCAAAAUUUGUUCAGAUUCCAGCAGACAAAAAAACAUGAACCUAACAUAUGAAUAAUAUUAACUUUAUUAUUUUUUACGUAUAGUAUGAAAAGUAGCGAAAAUGUCAACAUAGCAUUUAACAUUAUUAUUUUAUCAUGUCUGCUUCAAGAUAACUAUGGUCUAAUUUUAUACUGGUAUAGGCUGCUUAUAUCCUGACAUAGAAUCAGAUAAGAAUUCUUCCACUGGCAGAAAAAUAUCAAAUUUUUGAGUAAAAAUUUGGCUAGCACCUAAUAUGUCAGCCUUUUUAGGCAACACAUGUAUUGACUGUUUUCUGAAAAUCACUUUUCUACAAGAAAGAACAGUAACAAAGUACAUAAUUGUUUUCAAAGAUGAAUUUUUGAAUGGAGAGUUUAGUAACAUCCUGUAUAUAGUAACAUAUGAAUUUUCUUAUUCAUAUAUAAGUUGUUUUAAACAACUAUCAAGUGUUCAUCAGGGAAUAUACAUUUUUGUCACUUGAUUUUAAUGUUCUUGAUUGGAUAUUUAAUUCUGCUUGAUCUAUGCAAGAAACGUAGUGUAAGAUAAUGAAUGAGUUUCGAAGUUUGAGUUAAUGUUGCUUCAUUUUGAAUGGUUAUGAAAGUUGUGGUUGAUGGCUUAUGUGGUAUGUGGCAUUUAUUACUGAAUACCAAUGAAGAAAAUAUUCAUGAGCUGAGCAUUACUGCAUUCUACCAUGAAAAUAUAACUGUUUUUUUUUCUGUUAGUGGUAAAUGCUUAUGGUAGGUCAGAUUUGAAAAUAUAGCUAUAACUAAUCCAUUGAUUGAGUCAACUAAAAUAGAAUAAAAUUUUUGCAUUAACAAAUUUCUUAUAAUUACAGCAAAAUAUGCAGAAAAACUAACUGUAUAUAACUAAAUAUAUGACCUACAUCUGACCUGGGAUUAUCAUAAUCAGUAAUUGUAAUCAGCCGUAAUUAUUACACAUUUGUCAAGUAAUCAGAAUGUAAUUACUUUUAAUGAAUUUGAUUACCAAGUAUAAUUCCAGUGCUAGGAAUGCAGUAAACGUUGGCUACUGGAUGUGUAUGAAUGAGUGUAUAUGAAAUGAUGUUUAAUAAACAAAUUACUGUCGGUUAAUCCGCCAAUAUAUCAAAACAUAUCAAAUCUGUACAUAUCUGUAACAGUAUGUAAAUAUUUUGUAUGAUAUAUAUUUUUAUAAAUAGUGCAGGACAAACACCGUACAUGAUUGUAUAUAUACACAGAUUUUUUUCAAUUUGUAUAUAGUUUUUAAGGGACAUGUCUGCAGAUUUAUGUUCAAACAUUUUCGAAAUUUAAAAUGCUUUCAUAAAUAAGUAGUUUCAGUAAAAGGUAAAUAUACACCGAGUCUAAAAAACAAA